CCACAUCUAGUGGGCUGUGAAUUUAGCUAGCUGGGCUGUCACUUGAUGCAGAAUUGUAGUCGUGUGUCAAACGGCAGUGAAAGCGAAAAUUUAGCAAAGUUUAAUUUUGUUUUUUUUUUUUUUGCGUUUUCUAAAUAUAUUCCACGGGUAGAUUAACCUGAGCAUGCAAAAGGCGCACAAGGCAAUUUGGGAGCGCGACUAUAUCAAAUCAAUUUUACUAGCACGUGAAUCGUUCAAAAUGAAGAAAACCUUGCCCCCGAUCCAGGAGGAUGAGACCGAGCCAAUGGACGAAGAGGAGUCUGCCGAGAAAAACGUCAGCCGCAAUCUGUCCAAGGCUUUCAUGAAGCUGGCGGUGACAGAGAACACCGGCGGGGAGCCGAUGUCGGUUGUGGAGCCGCCGGUGCGUGUCACGGGCAAUCCGCUCAACACGAUGCCGAACACCCAGUGCCGGGUCGCCAUGAUGGAGUGGCCAUCGACCGGCUGUGGCAAUGGCAACGGAAAGCGCUUCUGCACCGAAAAUGGCGCUAUCGGUGGCUACGGUGCGCACAACAUGAGCUGGGACCCUGACAACGGCUCGCCCACAUCGAGCUCCGAUGAUCAGCAAUGGGAUCUCGAGCAUCUGCCGCUGCGUCGCCGUCGCCAUCGCAGCUCCAAUAGCAUUUAGAAGCAGUCGUCCACAGUGGCACCAAACUCCAUUCACAGCUGGAGGAAGAGCGGAUGAAGUGAAGCAACGAAGAGGCAGACGAAUAAGAAGAGAAGAGGAAGACGAAGACGAUGAGAAGAGAAGAACAGGACAGGGGCAAAUUAUAUCCAGCUUUAUCCUGAUAUAUGCGCUCCUUAAGAAACUUAGCUCAACUCCAGAUGUGAAUGGAUGGAUAAUAAAUAUAUCUAUAACUAUAUCUAACUAUAUAUAAUUGUAACUGAUAAAAAAAAGAGUAACUGAUGCAUCUGAAGUUAGUUAUUCACAAAAAUAAUAAAAAAAAAAUUGAUGGAAA